GGUGUCUAAACUCCAUGCGCCGUAAGGACACUGUGACGUCACAAGGCCACGUGAUAUUGGAAGCCUCAGUCCCAAACUGACCGUAAACACCAUGAUCAGGGCUAGCUAUUAUUUUUGACAUUACUAAUCAUUACCACAGCGGCAGGCAUGCUGCUACAUCCCGCCGCUGCUUCACAGCCACGUGACUUUGGCAUGUCACGUGACCCUCCGACGUCACAAGGUCCUUACGGUGCCUGCAGUUCUUCAGACACAACUUUUCUUAGACGCCGCAUACUAUGGCCGAGGCCAACCCCGCAGCUCAGAUCCGGCAGGACUUUGCUCCCCCACAAGUGCCGGUGGAGGAUGCCGCUCGGGCAAUGGAGGCGUUUGCCCGCGGCCACCACUCCGAUGGGCGCAGGGUGGUGCUGGUCACCUCUGGGGGCACCAAGGUCCCGCUAGAAUCUCGCACCGUUCGCUUCCUGGAUAAUUUCAGCAGCGGCCGCCGGGGGGCAGCAUCGGCCGAGUAUUUCCUGCAAGCUGGUUACGCCGUCGUCUUUCUACACAGACAUCGCUCCAUGUACCCGUACAGCCGGCGCUAUGCUGCCACCAACUGGCUGGAUGUCCUGCGGCUGCACCUGCCCAGCGCCCCGGGGGAUGACGCUCCCAGAGUGGAGGCUGAACAGAGCCAGCUGCCGGGCAUCGUGCAGAUCCUGCAGGACUAUAAGAGCAUGAAGGAGUCCGGCAGGCUGCUGCCCAUAGAGUUCAAUACCCUGUCCGACUACCUGCACCUGCUGCUGGCCGCUGCCCAGGCCCUCAGCCCUCUAGGAUCCAGUGCCAUGUUCUACCUGGCUGCAGCAGUAUCAGACUUCUACAUCCCUGCCUCAGAGAUCCCCGAGCACAAGAUCCAGUCCUCUAGCGGCCCCUUACAGAUCACAAUGAAGAUGGUUCCCAAAAUGCUGUCUCCCUUGGUGAAGGACUGGGCCCCCAAAGCCUUUGUUAUUUCUUUUAAACUAGAGACCGAUACAGAAAUCCUAAUAGAGAAAGCGCGGAAAGCGCUGGAGACCUAUCGCCAUCAGGUGGUGGUGGCAAACAUCCUGGACACGCGGAGAGCGUAUGUGGUGGUGGUGACCAGCAGAGAAGAGGCUACGCUCUCCGUAUCUGAUGAAGAAGACCGCUCAGGGGUGGAGAUAGAAGAAAAGAUCAUCAAGGAUCUGACUUUACGCCACACGCAGUUUAUUGAAGGGACUGAAGUCAACUAGCCGCCCGUCCUGACACUCGGCCCUCAGUAUAAAUUAGGGUCGUGAGGCGUACUGUGUACAGGAAUUGGACUGUUCAUGUCUGGUCUUCUGGCACUAAUGAUGCUCAACUUGACAUCCAGUUCUUGGGUUCUACUUGUCCUUGCAAAUAAGGUGAGACCAGGCAGUGUGGUGGCAGCAGGUACACUAACUUGGGAUGGUCCUUCUUCCCAUUCAUGAUUAUCCAGAAGUAGAGUGGACAGCAGCAGCCGUAAAAUUCAUCCAAAUUUGUUUAACCCAUAGUAAUAUACAGAGAAUCGGCUGUGUCCUGACCCUUUACCUUCUGGGCCAUAACAGGCAUCGAUCAACGACAUAACCAGGCAAUCGGUUCUCAGUUUAAAGGGCUUUGCACUGAUGCUUGAGGGAUGAAUGAGACGGGUAGGAGACUCCAAUCGAUGUUUGAAUCCUGAGACAACAAAUAUGCAGUGGUAAUAAUAAUAAUACAUGGUGCCAUUAUAUCAUGUGAGUGUUGACUGUAUCCAUAGAGAAGCUUGUGCAGGUCGAUGGUUUACAUACAGCCAGACAUAAACUACACAGUCACGUCACAUUAUUAUAUCCAGAGUAACCCCCACAGGUAUGUGGAGCCAUGCUGACUGCAGUGCAUCCUACAUCUGCUGAAGGAUCCUUAGUGCGAACGUGACGAUCAAGCUGGUCCGACAGAUGCUCAAUAGGGUUCAAGUCUGGGAAUUAGAGGCACAAAGUAGUACUUGGAAGUCUUGGUCCUGCUCUUCCAAUGAAUGUUGGACAUUUCAAGCCGCGUGACUUCACAUUGCUGGUAGAGCCCAUCUGCUCCAGGGAAGAUAGUCAGCAUGUAUGGUUGUACGUGAUCUGCAAGGAUGGAUUCAUACCUAUAUCAGUUGAGAGUUCCUCAGACCAUAACUCUGCCACCACCAGGUUGUGUUCUUCCAGCAAUGGUUGCAGGGUUUUUGUUCUCUGAUGUUUCUUGCCAACAUCCAUCUGCAGAAAACUAAAUUUUAUCAGUGAAGACAACCCUUUGCCAAUUGGUAAAGGUCCAAUUCUGAUACCACAGUGAAAAUGAAAGCCUUUCUGCUGAUGCAACUUUGUUAGCAGAGGUGCAGUGACCAUCCGUCUGCUUUGGAACCCAAUUCACAGUAGGGUUCACUGAACUGUUUUAGACACAUGUCUGGUGGCCCCCUGGUCCAUUUUGGCGGUGAGCUGCUCCACUGUAGUGUCAGUCCGCCCUCGUGCACCUUCAUAACCUAGGUUCACAUCAAUGGCACGUGGUGCUCCGCAGUUUCCACAUCGCUUAUUCACAAUGGUGCCAUCUGUCUGCAUGAUGCACGUUCACCACAGCAGCACAAGAGCAGUUCACAAACUGCACAGUCUCAGAAAUAAGUAAUACCGCCACCCUUGGCCCAAAAGCCAAUCAUCAUAACUCUUUGCAACUCUGAUAAAUCGCCCCUUUUACCCAUGACAGCAGCGAGGGAUAUGUGUGCAGACAGCCUAUCACACCUUAUAUACCCUCCGAGCCAGCUCACCCCCGGGACGUCCUUCAUGAGCUACACACUGCAGACCUAGGAAGUGGUCGUAAUAACCUGAUUUGAUUGUGUAUACACAGUUUACAUUUUGUCUUCAGACGCUACUUUAUUGCUCAGUGGACAGGACUCAUCUCUUAAGAUGUUUUUUUAUUAUUAGUUUGUGUAAUAAAUGUUAAUUUUAUCCUUUAUUUUUUCUAUAUUCUUUAUUACAAAUAUUCAACAGUUUGUUCCUACAGCUCUGUUUCUUUAAUUUCCUGAUAGACCAGAAACACUCAUUUAAACUAAAAAUCUGUUCAUACUGACAAGACUAUGGCUGAAGUGAGUGUUUAUGAGCUGUUAGGGAACCAGUAAUAAGGGCUACAUAUUUGGCCUUCAGAGCAGCCCUCCGACUAAGGCCUCAUGCACACGACCGUAUUUUCAUUUCGCAUCCGACCUGCAUUUUUUAAAAUUUUAACAGGGGCCGCAAAAAAUGUACUGUCCGCAUCCA